AUGUCAACAAGUCAACAAAACAAGAAGAGUCUAACAGGCCGAGUACGCCCCGCGUACUCAGCUGGUGUGCCCGAUGUACACCCUUUGGGGCUAGUACAUGCAGCGUACUAUGGAGUUGAAGGAGAGAGUGGCGCAGUAAGUGCAGAGGACCGCCGCAGUUUCGCCGUACAGCUAUACCGGAGAUUCCUAUCUCCUACACCACACGCCGCAGCCAUGGCUCGAGGAUUGAAGAAACACAUGAAGAGGCUCAAUGCCCCCAAGCAUUGGAUGCUUGAUAAACUUGGUGGCGCUUUUGCUCCUAAGCCAUCAUCAGGACCUCACAAAUCAAGGGAAUGUCUCCCCUUGAUCCUCAUUCUGAGGAACAGAUUGAAAUACGCUUUGACAUACCGUGAGGUCCAAUCCAUUCUCAUGCAACGCCAUGUUCUUGUUGACAACAAGGUCAGAACUGACAAGACUUACCCUGCUGGUUUCAUGGAUGUUGUCUCAAUUCCCAAAACCAAUGAAAACUUCCGUCUUCUAUACGACACCAAGGGUAGAUUCAGACUCCACUCAGUCAGAGAUGAGGAAGCAAAGUUCAAAUUGUGCAAGGUUAGAUCAGUUCAAUUCGGGUCAAAAGGCAUUCCAUACAUCAACACAUAUGAUGGGAGAACAAUUCGCUACCCGGACCCACUCAUCAAAGCAAAUGACACCAUCAAGCUUGACUUGGACACCAACAAGAUUGUGGAUUUCAUCAAAUUUGAUGUUGGGAAUGUUGUGAUGGUGACAGGUGGCAGGAACACAGGGCGAGUUGGAAUAUUGAAGAACAGGGAAAAACAUAAGGGAAGUUUUGAGACUGUUCAUAUCCAGGACUCCACGGGUCAUGAGUUUGCGACCCGUUUAGGAAAUGUGUUUACUCUUGGAAAGGGAACAAAGCCGUGGGUGUCCCUGCCCAAGGGGAAGGGGAUUAAGCUGACUAUUAUUGAGGAGGCUAGGAAGAGGCAGGCUGCCCAAGUUGCUUGAUUUUUGUGUUGUUGAUGGUUGGGUUUGUUGAGACUUAUGUGGUAGUUGUUGGAUUUUAGAGGUGGUUAUGUUUUUGAUUUUGGUACAAUUUUGGAUGUUUUGGGGUUUGCUUUUUGUUGGGUUAAUUUGAUUACAAAAUGGAGACUGUUUUCUAAUAUGCUUUUUGAAUCUUUUGAUGCGUAAAACAAACCUUUUUUAUGUCUCGAAUUUGAACAGAAAAGUGUUGAGGCUGAAAAAAACUUGGGUUUAAAAAAGAUUUUUUUAAUAGUUUUAUUGAUCUUCAUUGUCUUUUUAGGAUGAAAAGGUUCAUGAAAAAGCUCAAAAAAACAUCUUAUUGUGAUUUGUUAAUGCUUUAAAAUCAAAACAAUGGCGGUUCAUGAUUCACCUCUAGCCACUUCUCCAGGAAUAGAAAUGAAAGAUUGUAUAGUUAAAUACACAAACAUCACUUGUAACUUGGAAUUGUUGUAGUGAUGUGAUGAACACAGAUCCAAGGUUAGAUUUUGAUUGUUUUCGUUUAAUUGCUUUUGUUGCUAUGUUUUGUUUUAUGGAUUGAAAUAAACGUUAUGACCC